ACAGAGGAAGAUAAAGAAAAACUUUGGUUGAUCACAUUGACAUCUGUAGGAUAAAAUUAUAAUCACAAUCCUUUAUGAAGUUACUAGGAGGAUAAGUUAUUUCUAUGGGUACAAACAAUUUGUCUUGAAUAAUAAAAAUUUUAUAAAACAAACUAACAUUGUUUCCUUUCCACAUAAUAUUUCAUAUCAUUCACGAAAACUUCUGUCAUGAUACAUAAUUGAAAAAUUGAUAUGCACGAAUAAUUUACAUUACGGUAGCCAUAUUGUUUUCAAAACAUAAACGAAAAAGUAAUGUUUUGUGUAACUUUUUUAUUUGUUAUUUUUAUGUAAAGAAAAAUGAGCAAUUAAUUUGUAAUUACUAAGGUGCUCGAAUGUACUGUUAAAGAUGCGAAUGAAAGUUGUUUAUCAAUGAUUGGAAAUUUCAGAAUAAUUUAUAAAUAAAUUGUUAUCGUGAAGAAAACAAGUGAUCAUGAAAGAAAUGUUGACUAAUCAAACUAGUUCAGGAUACAGUAAUUCCUACGUUAAUAAUAAUGGAGAUACCAAUAGCAGUAACGCUACUGACAGUAAUGCAAGGAGAUAUGCAGUACUCAGUACAGAUUGGAUAUCUGCAAUUGGAGAAGAGUUAGGAAUGCAUUCUUUGCCGGAUUCUUUAUUGCGAAGACUCGCCGAGGAUGCUUCGUAUCGUCUUCGAGAAGUUCUACAUAAAUGCGUAACAAGGUUGAAACAUAGUAAACGAAAACGUUUAACAUCUACAGAUGUAAACGCCGUAAUUACUAACUUAUGUGAUAUAGAUCCAAUAUUAGGUGCAUCAGAAUCGAUGCCAGAAUAUCAUACAGAAGCAAAAGUUUUUGUCCCUAAUGAACGUAUUAUCAAUUUGGUUCAGAAAAUAAAUGAUCCCCUUAAUAUAUCACAGAACAAUGUACCUUUCAUUCAAGAAUCAGAAAUUUGUGAUAUAAGACUUACAGAAGCACGUAAUAAUUAUGCAAAGAGAGCAUUAAAAACUUUAUUCAAUGGAUCCCAAAAGACUUUUCAGGUUUUAAUUAAUGAUUGUGCUACCAAUGCACAUUUGGGUGGUGAAGGUGUUAUAGACAAAUUAAUGUCAAUUGCUAGAUCUAUGGUAAUUUCAAAUAAUGCACAAUAUACAAGAGUUUCUACAAGAACAUGUCAACUAAUUAUUGCCAUUGCAAGUAACAGUGAAGCUGUAUAUCCGUAUCAUCUAACUUCGGUGGACAAAUUGACUGAACUACUAUUGGAAUUACUUAUUGGGCAAAGUUUCAUAAAUCCAAAUCUUGAAACACUUUUUAAAGAAUGCGCGCUUAAACUAAUGCUUCGUUGGCCGUCUGUCGCUGAUAAGUAUAUUCCAACAUUAGAAAAUGUGCUUUUGAAAGAAGAAAAAGAAAAUGUAGAUGGAAGCAAAAAGAAAAUAAUGGCCAUGGAAUUAAUAGCAAGUAUACAGCCAUUAAUAUUUUUUCAACAUGAACCACAGUCUCCACUUUCUAUACAUACCAUUUUAAAUUUUGCACCGCCGGGUUCUGCCCUUUGGCAAAAGAUAGCUCUUUCUGUCUGUGCUCUUAUAAAGUCACAAGCACAUAUUUUAGACAUUGAACUUUUUAUGGAACACUAUGGAGAUUCUUUGUUACCUUAUUUACCUAUUGAUUAUAAAACUGUAAUGAAUGAACAUAAGAAGUCCACAUCUCUUCCUAUUAUUAUUAAAAGUAAAAUAAAAUACGUGAAUGUGAGACCUGUUAUAAGUAACAGAUUAAUAUGGGAUCGACAGACGGCAUUUCCCGAUUCUACUUUGCGAGGCCCUAGACGAGAAAUUAGAUUUGCAUUUGCUGGUGGACGUCCCGUACCUUCGAGUAAUUUAAAACGAGUUAGUUUAAGAGCAAAUUACCAAAUUCUACGAAGCGAGCUACAAGCAACCCUCGCUCUGGUUGCAUCACGAAGAAUAUUAAUGCUUAAAGAUAAAAGAAAAAAGUCUUUUGACACUUACAAUCUGGUGUAUGGUUAUUUGUAAGGUUGUGUCAUAAAAUAGUGCUUUAAGAAUAUUGCGCAUCUCGAUAUAUAAUUUAAAUGACACUUUUUUACUUCGACGUUUAGAUGGUUAAUAGAAACAAAAUUUUUAAAAAUAAUUUUGUCUUAUUUCAAAGUAUGUAUAAAUAGAAUUUUAAUAUUUCCUCGUUGAAGCGAGAAAACACUUCGUGUUUUUAUAGAAAUAUAUGUAUGUUACAUGUAACUUCGUUAUUUAAGACCUUACAGUAACAGGUAUGCCUAAUAAUGUUCACUGUAAGUACAAUAAGAAAUAUUUAUUAAACAAGUGAUAAGAGGAA